UUAUUAUUAUUAUUUAUUAUUAUUAUUAUUAUUAUUAUUAUUAUUAUUAUUAUUAUGAUUUUAUGUCUGAUGAGAGACAUGUGUGUGAAAGCGGAGCUGAUAAAGCAGAAGGAGGCGACCGAAGAGGCGGAGAGGAAGAGCAUGAGUAAGAGCGUGGCGGUGGCGAAUGCAAGCCACGAGGUGAGAACUGCGCUUGCUGGGAUUGCUGGUUUGAUUCAGAUGUGCCGGGCCAAUGCCGAUGCUUCUGCUGCUCAUUCUGCACUCAACGAUAAUCUCAAGCACAUGGAAUCAUGCACCAAAGAUCUCUACAGUUUGUUGAAUUCAAUUCUUGAUGCUAGCAAGAUAGAAGCAGGGAAGAUGCAGAUUGAAGAAGACGAGUUUGAUUUGCAGGAACUGCUGGAAGAUGUGGUGGAUCUGUAUUAUCCUCUGGGUAUAAAGAAGGGAGUGGAUGUGAUACUGGAUCAGUGUGAUGAGUCGGUGGAAAAGUUUAGGCGUGUGAGAGGGGAUAGAGGCAAACUCAAACAAGUUCUGUGUAAUUUGUUGUUUAACGCCAUUAAGUUCACGGAUGAGGGUUAUGUUGCUCUUCGUGUUUGGGCAAGAAAACCUUCUCCUCUUCCUCCUCCUCCUACUCCUUCUCUUGCUAAAGCUCGAAGAGCUUCUUCUUCUUCUUCUCCUAUCAUCACCAUUUUAAAGGGCUGUCUUGCACCCUUCAGCAACCUCUUUUCUACAGGAGGUGGUGAAGAAAAAGAAGAAGAAGAAGUAAAUGAUAAUUCCGAGGUGUUGCAGAGAAAAGAUGGUGAGAUGGAGUACAUAUUUAAGGUGGUGGAUACAGGGAAAGGGAUUCCCAAGGAGAAAAGGAAUACAGUGUUUGAGAACUAUGCUCAGGUGAAAGAAACCGGCGGAUAUCAAUUAGGGCAUGGGCUGGGGCUUGGGAUAGCUCUAUCUCUAGUGCGGUUAAUGGGUGGCGAGAUUGGGAUUGAGGACAAGGAAAAUGGGGAAAGGGGGACUUGUUUUAAGUUCAACAUAUUCUUGGACAACAUUAUUGAUAAUAAUAGUAGUAGUGUUGGUUAUGCUUCUUUAUCAACAUCAUGGUCUCAUGUUGUUAUCUUCAUGCAUUGCGAGGAAAGGGGUAAAAUCAUAGGGAGAUUUUUGGAAAGUCGUGGUGUUAAGGUUACUGUGAUUCACAAAGGACACAAACAAUUGAGUCGGAAGUUAAAGAAGAUCAAACGUGAGGCCUUUCUCCCCCGUUCAUCAUCUUCUUCCUCCUCGAGAUCAAGGGAGGAAUUAUUGGAAGACGAGACCAUGCCCCUCCAUACCAACACUACUAGCAUGGUGUUGAUAAUAAUAGACACAAGUGCCGCAUUAUUCUCAGAACUGAUUCAAGCAGUUAGUAAAUUCCACAAGGACCUGCAACCUGGUUGUUCUAGGGUUCUUUGGAUAGACACUGCUUUAGGUGCACACAAGUUGGAUAACGACUUUCAUCUUCCUUCAACUGAUCUCCUCGUCUCCAAGCCCUUGCAAGGCUCCCGUUUGCAUAAUAUCUUGGGGCUUCUACCCGAUUUUGCAUCAAGUUCCCAGCAGGGAGAAAUACAGGUGGUAAUUGACAAAGAAAAGGAAGAAAAAGAUGAAGAUGAGAGUGCAGGUGGGAGUGAAAAGAAAGCAUUGGCAUUGGCAGGGAAACGAUUCUUGGUAGUUGAUGACAAUUCAAUGCUACGCAAAAUAUGCAGCACAGUGGUUUCGCAUCUGGGUGCUCUAGCUUUCACCGCUAAUAAUGGUGAAGAAGCUUUGCAGCUCGUCUCCAAGGCUCUACAGGAUCACCCUCAUCAACCUCCCUUUGAUUAUAUUCUAAUGGACUGUGAGAUGCCGAUAAUGGAUGGAUUUGAAGCCACUAAACGCAUCAAAGAAGAAGGGAAAGCUAUGGGGAUAUGGAUUCCCAUUAUUGCUCUGACGGCACAUACUGGAAAGGAGGAGAUGGAGAAGGUGACUGAAGCCGGAAUGGAUUACUACAUGCCCAAGCCCAUCAAUCCUGCCACUCUUCUAGCAGCUAUACAAGUCGUGGACAAAUCCACCCAUCUCCUCUAGUUUCACCAUCUUUAUUUUUACUAUUACAAAUCCAAAUCAAGACAUUUUUAUUAUGCUUUUUU